UUGCCUGACGCUACAAAUAUCCGCACGUAUAUACAAACCCAACCCAACACAAGCUCCCCUCUCCACAACGGCACAAACACCACAACUAUACACUCACACUCCCUAGCAAAGCACAUCCAUUCGCUCCCACGCACUGCAGUGGCAGGCGUUGUCAACGUUAAAGCUGCCGCGGCGGCGGUGCUCCUGCUGGCGCUGGUAACGAUGGCUGCUGCCACCACCACUGUCGACGUCGUAGAAGCGAAGGCUGCAGGGAACCUGAUGGCUGCGCCGGAGCUGGCCGGGGGCCGCCGGGCCCGGGGCGGGGCGCGGCGGGCUCGCCCGGCUGGGCUGACGCAGUGCGUGGCCGAUUGCGGCAAUGCUGCGACGUCGUGCCUCCUCGACUGCUACAAGAGUAGCACCAUGCCGUCCGCCGUCCGCAUCGACGAUGAGCGGAAACUGCUGCCCGUCUGCCUCCUCGACUGCACCAACGCCGGCAUGUUCCGCUCCUCCGACUGCUCCAGCCAGAAUAAUCUCAACUGAUGAACCCGACCAAUUGAUCGAUCGAUUAUUACUAUUCGAACGGAACACAUGAACUAUAUAUAACAGCGACGGCAUGGCAUUCAUGAUAUAUAUGCAAAUCACCCAACGUACGAAUUAGGGACGGACACACAUAAUCUAGUUCUCCGCCUACGUAGUAUGGUCACUCGCAUUUCAUUCUAAUUCGAUGUUUGUACGCAUGGUGAUCAGUCAUGAAAUAUAUACGUACUCCAUUUAUA